AUGGGAAACCAGGAGGCCAAGCAGAGGAGAGCUGCAGCGGCAGCAGGGAAUGGCAGCUACCCAUCUCUGGAUGAAGGGUGGAGAGAGGGAGGAGGGGAGGUGACAAAAAAAGGAGGAAAGAAACACCACGGUAAGCACGGGGGAGGAGGGGGAGGGCAUGGCUCGGCACCAACGAAGAAGAAAAACAAAUCAGAGUCCAAGUCGUCCGUUUUCUCCCUUCGCAAAAGGAAGAACAACCUGAGAGGAAGAGGAGACGCUUCUUCAUCAGUGAAUGGGUCCAGAGAGGACGGUUUAGAGUCCCAGCAUGAGGAUGGGACCAAGACCCCAGACCUGUCUGCUGAUGAGCUGGACCCCGAGCCCCCCAUCCCUGAGAAGAGACCAGAAAGAGGAGUCAAGGAGGCAGGGAAAGAGGCAGGGAAGGCAGCAGGAAAGGAUGGAGGAGAAAGGGAGGCACAGAGAAAAUCCUCCACAGCAGCUACAUCUCCCGCUGAGGAGGGAGGAGGACACCGGGGGGGCAGCUCGGGGUCGGACACGGACAUCUACAGCUUUCACUCUGCUGCCGACCACGAGGACCUGCUCGCUGACAUCCAGCUCGCCAUCAGACUGCAGCAGCAGCAGGGAGGCGGAGGCUGGGGGGGAGGGGAGGCGGGCAGGAAGCAGAGCAAUGGGGGGUUGAAAUUGACUCCCCCUGAGCCGCUGGAUCUAACCCCCGAGUUAGAGCUGGGCUCUGAUGCUCUGUCGUUCCUGGAGACCCCUGUCCCUCAGCCCUCCUCACUCACAGGACCUUGCUCUGCCUCUGUAGACCCCCCCUCACUUAUCCAACCUCCCCAUGUCUCCGUGGACCCUUCCUCACAGCAGAGGGAGGAGGAGGAUCAGGGAGAGUGGGGCAUAGAAGCCCCUCUUUGUGCUGCCACAGGCACAAAGGACCAGCAUGCUUUGCUGCAGCAGCCCCCUCACGCGGUUACCAUAGAUACAGGAGGGGUUGCAGCAGUCAGUGCCGUUUCCAUAACGACCAGUGGUAACAGCUUUCCUGACCUCCUGAUUGACGAUGCUCAGAGACCCAAAAGUGAGGAGGGGGAGGGAGGUGAAACCUGGCAGGAGGAUCUGGGGGGUCUGGAGGUGGAUCCGGAUUUGAGGUCCCCCCCUGUAGACCACGUCAGUCUGGAUCAGACUGAGCAAGGCUCUGAAAGUAAUGGAGCUAAAGACAGAAGGGGUGAUGAUGGGGGUGGUGAGGAACAGGGGACUCUGCUAGACUCAGGUACCAGUGCUGAGUCUCUGGAGGACUAUCUGAGUCCUGGAUCUGACCCUGUCGCCCCACCGACUCAGAGUGGGAGGAGCAGUGUUUGCUUUGUACCACCCCAGGAGAGCCCCCCAACAGCCAAACGCUUCCUCAGGUCCUCCCAUGCCUCCCCUUCCUCUUCCCCCACAGUGAAACCUUACCCCCCCAUCUUCCCGUCUUACAUCAAGACCACCACCCGUCAGCUCAGCUCUCCCGGGGUGUCCCCAGCCCUCAGCCCCCUCUCCCCUCGCAGAGCCCACCAUCACCUGACCAGGUAUGUUAGCAUUAGCAGCAUGCUAACACUGAGUUUUACAUUAAACAGGAUAUUUGUGGUUUACCUGUCAGCAGGUCAUACUGUUAGUCUUAAUCAUGAGUCCUUUCAACAGUCCUUCACAACUCUGAUGGUCUGGUGCACACAGAGCUGCAGGAGCCACAACAGAGCCAACAGUCAAGGUUAAAAAAGCAUGACAAGAGCUACAAUAACAGAAUCCAUGUUUGAGACUACAGGAUAAAGAGUCAGAGGCUGUUCUAAUUUUUAUAACUGAAAGUGAGCAAUUUGAUAGAUUUAUGAAAAAUAUUGAUCGAUUUAGGUUUGAUGUCAGUAACAUGUUUUACAGUUUUUCUCAGCCGCUUUGGUGCAUUUCUCACAUCAUUAUCAACAUUUGCACAACAGUUGGUGCGUUUCUCAGAACAAUUAGUACAAACUGCAAAACCUAGUGGAUAACCUGCAAAGCGCGUCACUUGCUCAAAAUGAAUAGUUGAUUCCUUAAAAGCAAGUAUUCAUGUCAAUGAUACUGUCUGUGUUAUCAAAAUAAUUAGUCCCAACACCAUUGUGCCAUAUGGCUUUGUCAUGUUUUCAUUAUGAUAGUUCACUCCCUCUGUUUUCUAAUGCAAAAAAGUCAGAUCUUGGUGACACUACCUGAAGAUGUUCAAGACAGCACUAAAAAACUAAUAAGAGCAUGCAAGAAAAAUAUAAAGUAUAAAAGGCUAUGUACAAUAAAUAUAAAGGGUAUUUACGACUACACAAUACAGAACAACAGUGCAAUGGGAGGAGUGCAAUUAAAAACCCAAGGUACAUUAAACUAAAGUGACCAGUGAUAAAGUUCCUCUGCCCCCGUUGUGUCCCCUUCCUCUCUGCAUUCUCACCCCUCCAUGAAGCUGACCCUCCAUUUUUGUGUCCCAGAAUUGUAGAAAUGGUACACACUAAGUCCUGCUUGGUUCAUUUUUGCUUGCCAAGUGAAAGUUCAUGGGAUUCAGCUGUGUGUGACUGUGGACAAGUGGCUUGUCAUUGGUUACAACUAAUGCUUCACACACCUCCUCAUGGGUGAAAGCUGAGGUUCACCUGAGAGCAAUUGUUCAAUUUAGGAGACAUUUAAAGGAAAAACAAAUGAUAAAGGAAUUUAUAAAAUCAGCUUAACAGAAACUAGUUCAACAAUUUGACUCGAUGAAAUAAGGACUAUUAGUUUCAUAAGGAAUGACCAUUCAGCAUUCAAAAGUAUAGUUCAUUUUGACUGACAUGACAUAAGCAAAUGGUAAUGUUAUAAAACAGCAGAGAAUUGUAUGAAAGUAACUGAUACAUGUCCAAGAGCAUUUGCAAUUUGUUCAGAGGAACGAGAAACUGUUACGACGAUGUGUACAAAUGACUCAAUGUUGUGGAGGUUGAACUGAUAGUUGUGAGAGCUUUCAUUCUGAUCUGAGAAAUUCACCAAAGUGACUGAGAAAAACUGUAAAAGGGGGCAACAAAACACUGACAAACUUGUGUAAUAGUAAAUACACUCAUAAGAACAUCUCCUGACUACAUUAUUUUGCAACAGGCUGGUAACAUGACUGGGUAUAAAAAGGGGAUUUCAGAGAAGCAGGGUCUUUGAAAAGUAAAGGUAGAAAGCAAUUGUCACUCUGUGAGAGACUGUGAUCAGGUAGUUCAACAGAUACAUAUUCAUGUUCUUCAGCAUAUGAUUGAAAAGAAUUUGAGGAUUUAAUCAGCCGUGGAUUAAAAUAUUCUGAACACCAAUGACUGAAUGGAUGUGGUAUUUUACAAAUGGUUAAAUCUCAAAUAACUUAUUAGUUUCAAAUGAAGAUUGCUGUAUACAUGUUUAAAUCUUUAAUAAUUUCUUAGUUUAUAAGAAAGUUCCUUAACAGUUGGCAUGAUGUCUUUAUUUAGGUAACCUGAAGAUUCAAAUGGUUGAAGUAAUAAUCAAUUAUAACACGUGCAAAAGUGCUGUAGAGAUGUAUUAACUAGAACAGGUGUCAGGUGCUGAUGUUGAUUUUUUUUUUUUGCACAAUUGUGAAAAUGAAACUAUUGGCUGAAGUAACAUAUUAAACAUUUCAUAUACUGACUUUAAAAGGGAUAUUUCAUUGACAGAAUGACCGUAAUUAUGAUCAACUGUAUAUGAUCAACAGAUUGACCUUUCUAAAGGCCUUAAAUCUAACCUCAGUUUUUACCUGUCCUCAGAACGUUGGGUGGGGCUCAGACGACCAGCAGGAGGCGCUCUCGGAGCCUGGCGGGCUCUCUGAGUAGAUCGGCUGACUGGACGGAGGAGCUGGAGAGGAGGAUGAGGGGCAGAGAGGAGGACGGAGCGGAUUACCUGCUCACUUUCAGAGGAGGAGGAGGAGGGAGCCAACCGCUGUGCUCUACCAGGAGGUCUUCCUGUGGACAGGUGUCCUCCUUCCAGGACGUUUUUACAGGUGGGGAACCGCCACUGCUGCAAAUAGAAAAACGAAUAAAGGUGCAGAUUAAAAAAGCCAUAAUGGAAGUGAACGAUGCAAAAAAAAAAGUGGCAAUGGAGGAAAAAAAGUUACCUUCGAAAGUUACAAAGCGAAAUUAAACAAUAACCUUUCCACUUACUUCUUUGCUCGUCUUCUCACCGUCGUCUUCUGUGCCUAGUUCGUAAAACACCCGUGCAUCAUCAUUAUUGGUCCCCAGCAGCUCACUUCCGCUGUGGCUUUUUUUAUUUGCGUUCUUUUAUUUUCGCAGUAAGUAAUUUUCUUUUAUUUAUUUAUUUUUUUUCUUGCAUCGCCACGUUUUGAUGUGUUGGUAACUUCCGUAGUGGGUCUUUUUUUUUUUUAUCUGCACGGUUUUUUUUUUCUUGUUUGUUUUUUGUUUUGUCGUUAUGCAGCAAUGGCGGUUCUCGGCCACCGUAAAUCUCAGCCUCUCAAACUUAUCUCAAGGCGACAGCAACGGCCGCAGCGUGUAACGUAACGCAUAGCAACAGAGGCGUAAAUACACGGCAGUUGUUUGUUCCUCUUUAAAACAAUAUUUACCAUCCCGUUGAAGUAAAACUUAUGCCGUAGCGGAUUCAAUGGACCUCCCGGCGCCGGAAGCUGCCAUCUUGGUUGUUUACAAAUAGCUUCUGUUAAAGAAUAUCUGAGGCGAUGGACUGGGUUUUGGUCGGGAUAUCUGCCAGCCGAGGUAAAACGGUUUGACUGUCAGCGUUUCAUGACCCACUAGCUCACGAAAAUGAAUAGGCCUAAGUUGAUGGGCCUGCCAAUGCUAGGUUGCAAGUACCAAAAUUGUUGGAUGAGCCAUCUGAAUCUGUUCCAGUUCAUUGUAAUGUUACUGCUGAUUGUUAUUAUGUCAGUAUCUGGCUUUAUAGGCAGGAUAUGAGCUGUAAGAUUAGAGUACAGAGAGAUGUAAUGACUGAGUGAAAACACUAUAUUCAACAUAUUCGACAUUGAUCCUGUUAUAUAUUCCACAAUGAGCUGAGUAUAAUUACCAAGCAAGCUGACUCUUCAUGGUUGUCAUGUUUUAGGGCGCACCCUGCUGGAGAAGUUUUUCUUGCAGCAGCAGCAAGAGGAGCCCGAGGAGGCGGAGAGACUCUGCUCGAGGAUUUUGGCAAUGGGUCUUCUGCUGCCAUUCACAGACUGUUUCAGAGAACAGCUGGGAGGGAGCCCCACCCACAUCAGCUCUUCUGGACCAACCAAGUUUGAUGUAAGUAGCCACAUCAAUAAUUGUAAUUACAAUGUCAUUUAGCAGACACUGUCAUCCAAAGUGACGUACAUACAUACAUUCUAGUCUUUUACAUAUUCAAAGUUAAACUAAACCCUCCAUUAAGAACCUUGACCAUGUCUUAUGAGUCACACCAGUAUUUUACUCACCUGGUAUUUCAGGUAUUUAUCAAGAGUCUUCACUUUGAAUCCAUUUCUGUCUCUCAGCAAGAACAGCUGUACACCUGGGCUGCGGUAAACCAGCCACCUCAGACUCUUGACCCCCUGAGAGGACUGUGGACAACAGCCAGACCAGGACCAGGAGAACCAAGGAACAGACUCAAGUCCUCAGAGACAGGUGAGACACACACACACACACACACACACACACACACACACACACACACACACACACACACACACACUUGCUUUCAGUAUUGCAUGAGUUGUUUCUGAUCCUCAGUCAGUUUUAUGUUUAAUGAUUUUUGUGUUUGUCUCCUUCAUGCUACAGUAGAGGACAAAGAGGGUGAGUUUUACUUCCUACUGUCACGGUCUGCAGUCACAAAGUUACAGGAAAAUGAAACAGAUUAAAAUCAUUGAUGCUGUUGAUAUGUACAACUUUUUUGAUCCAGGUACAGCUUCUCUGAAUGUCGCCUCUCUGGUUUGAUAGUGAACUUGAUUCUACUGAUACAGUAAAGCUGUAAUGUGUCUACACUGUCUGGCAAAGAAGCCUCCUCAUAGUCCUGUUUUUGCUGCUCUCUAGAAGUUAAAGUUCUCACUGGAUUGCAGUGAUGGGCAGGUGAUAAUGUCACUUUAAACUAAUGAAUUACAGAGUAGAUAAUAUGAUUAUAUGAAUGGGUGGAUUGGCUAUUUGCUGUGAAAGGAUGAAGAGAUUAUGUUGAUUAGAAACUGGAUGUUAUUAAUGGACAGAAAUGUUGGUGUAUAAUCCAUGUUUGGAUAGAAUAUUGAUAUGAACAGUUUGUUAUGAAUGGAUCAACGGGUAGUAUAAGGCUUUACCAUUUCUGAUGACCGUGUGAAUAGAUGUUGUUGGUCUAAACUAUUUGUUAUUGCCAGAUAAAGAGAUUAUGUUGUCAAUACUAUUUGUUAUAAAUAGCUAAAAGGAUAAUGUUGGUUUAGACAGUUAUUCAGACAGUUUUGGUUUACUUUGAUAGUAUUUGUCUGGGAUUAUUGUGGCAUCAGUUCCAACCAGCUUUUAGACCAUCGGGAUGAAACUGUUUGUGUAACUGUGUGUUUCAGUCUGACCUGCUGUUCUUUCUGUCUCUUCAGAACACCCAGCAGCCAUGUUGGAUUUAAAGCAGCAGCAGCAGCAGCAACAGCAGCAGCAGCCGGAGAGCCAGGAGGUUGGUCACUUGAUUUUUGUCUAGCUAAAUGGAUCUGUAGAUACAGAAAACAAUGAUAGUCUCUAAAAACUGAGAGUUUUUAUACUUGUUGAAGGUGUUGGUUAAAGUUUUUGUUUUAACCAUUACAUCGCAGCCUACAAUAGAAAAUGCAACUUCACAAGCUGAACUCAGACCCACAUUACCUUAAUCUGAGGCUAGUGUUUACCUCCAUCCUCCUCCAUCAGCCUCAGGGUCUCUAUCUGAGUGACUUUAAUGAACUCCCUCAGUGUCCACAAGUUGUUCUAUUGUUCCAGUCAGAAAAAGUGCCUGAACAUACUCAGUUCUCUUUUUUUCUCCUUCUGUGGGAGAAGUUUGAAACUUCUGCCUGUUUGCUGAAGAAAAGUGGCUCUUUCGCGGCCCCUGUCCCUGGUCAGGCUUUGUAAAUGGGAAUAAAAAUGUCAGAAUAUUGAAUAUUACAGAAAUUAAAAACAUACUGUAGGAUCAGUGUGUGAUAUAAAACAUUUAAAAAAAUUGGCAACAGCUCAAAUACAAACAAACAAACAAACAUAAAACAGUUACACAAUGACCACAAAUACACAGAGGGUGCGCAGAUGCAUUUGUAUGUGAUUCAUGAUUUAUACUGUGCAGUUAGUGUUCACAGAAUUGCUUCAGUUUCAAACUUUUUACAGUGUGCAAUAAAAACCAUAAUAAAAAUGAUUUCAUAUGAUGUAUAAUAAUAUCCCAUUACAUGAUAUUAUAGUAAUACAACAAAUUACAUUGUGUAGCUGACAGACAGAUAUGAUUGGAAAGGUACAGGCAGGUACAGGCAGACGUUAGUCAAAGGGGUCAGGGUGAACUGAACACCUAUCAAAGAGUCGAGUUUAUAAUAUGGAUGAGGUGAGCAGGACACUGAUGGUCUGUCAAAACAGUGAAAAGUUGUGUAGAUGAAAGAAGUACAAGAGCCCCCUAGUGGACAAGAUAGCAGGUACUGAUAAGAAACGUGACUAAAGCAAAGGAGAGUGAAGACUGUGAUCAAAGUUAUUCACUCAAAAACUUUUUUCAAGUUUUACUCAUUUUUGAUUUUGUUUUUCGGGACAGUCAGUCAGUUUCUUGUUUUUCUCCUUCUUAUCAGGAGAGUCUUGUGUCUUCGUCCAAACUGAAGGAGAAACACGUGAACGUGAUCCAGCAGCUCGAGCAAACCAUUGAGGACCUCCGAAGUAAGAUCGCUGAGCUAGAGCGACAGCCCCCUCUGCUGGACAGAGACACGAUGACGGCUCCCCCCUCCACCACUGACAGGGAGUGCGGGGGGGAGGAUGGUCUGAUGAAGUUGCUGUGUGACGCUCAUCUGCAGACCUCCACCCCUGACCUCCUGGAGGCCAAAUCAGUGCAGACCUCCCCACUGGAGGAACCCUUUAAAGUGCCUUUUGUGGAGGGGAGUGGAGUCAGGGGCUCUAUGCAGCCUCCACCCAUGACGGAGGGCUUCCAGUGCUCAUGUCAGCUGCAGCAGCCUUCUCAGACUGUAGCUCCUCCACCUCCUCCUCUUUUACCAGGGGGCUCAAUGCCACCGCCUCCUCCUCCCCCACCACUCCCUGGUGGCAUUGCUCCACCUCCACCUCCUCCACCACCUCUUCCUGGAGGCUCAGCCCCUCCACCACCUCCUCCACCCCCGCCUCUCCCUGGUGGCGCAGCUCCGCCACCACCACCUCCUCCUCCACCCCUCCCCGGUGGUGUAGCUCCACCUCCACCACCACCUCCUCUUCCUGGUGGCAUUGCCCCUCCCCCACCCCCUCCACCAUUACCUGGCGCAGGUGGCCCUCCUCCUCCCCCACCUCCUCCAGGCUGUGGUCCUCCUCCUCCUCCACCUCCACCAGGGGCCAUCUGCGCUCCUCCUGCUCCUCCUGGUUCUCUGGGCUCCCUGCCUCCUCCUCUCCCGUUGGGACUGUACGCUUUGGGUAUGACUCAGGAGAAACCCCCUAGGAAGGCCGUGGUAGAGCCCCCCAGACCGAUGAAGCCGCUGUACUGGACCCGGAUCCAGCUCAGCACCAAAAAGUAAAGAUGAAUCAGAGUUAGCUCAGGGUGAAGCUGCUGUCUGAACAGAAAAACAAAGGAUGAUCUAAAAGUGCUGUUUUUGUCCUCAGAGACCUGCCCUCGGCGUCUUUGGUGUGGGAGACCAUCGAAGAGCCAGACGUGGACUUUGAGGAGUUUGUAGAGUUGUUUUCAAAAACAGCCGUCAAAGUGAAGAAACAGCCGCUCUCUGACACCAUCACCAAGUCCAAGGCCAAACAGGUCUGAGGCUCUGUACCUUUUUUUUUUACAUGAUUAUCAGAGGAUCGUUACGUGUACGCAUGUGUUCAUGAGGGGUUUGUGGUGUGGUUUUUGUAAGGUGUAAGGUUGUAUGUUUUUUUAAUACAUAUGAUGUGUGUAACAACUGUAUGGUUGUGCGCAACGGGUGUAUGCUUGUGUAUUUCAGGUGUAUGGUUGUGUUUUUUAGGGUUACGGUAGGGUUUUUUUGUUGGUGUAUUGUUGUCUUGUUGUGUGCUUUCAGAUAUAGUAUAUGGUGGCAUUUUGGCUAGAGUUAGGUGGUGUUUUUUUCAGGUGUAACGUAGUAUGUUUUUCAAGGAUGUAGUAAAGAUAUUUGAUUUGAUUUUUUAUUGUUUUGGCUAUAGAGUUGUGUGCUUUCCAGUUGUGUACUUACAUGUUUAGGGAUAUGAUGGUUCAUUGGGUGUCUACCUGUGUUUUGGAGGUAUGAGUGUGUGUGUUUUUUAAGCUAGGUGGUUAUGUUUAACAGGUAUGUUGCAGUGUGUUUUAGAUGAAUGGUUGUGUAUGUUUUGUGGAUCAAGCCUAUGGAUGUGAGUUAUAAGUGUAUAGUGUAUGGUUGUGUGUGUUGAGUGUGUGGGUUUAAGUGACAGCUGUGUGUAAAGCAGUGGUUCUCAAGUCCAGUCCUCGAGGCCCACUGUCCUGCAUGUUUUGGAUGUUUCCCUGCUCCAACACACCUGAUUCAAAUGAUCAGCCUGUUAUUAAGCCAUUACAGAGCUUGAUAACGAGCUGAUCAUUUGAAUCAGGUGUGUUGGAGCAGAGAAACAUCCAAAACAUGCAGGACAGUGGGUCUCGAGGACUGGACUUGAGAACCACUGGUGUAAAGUGUAUUUUUUGUGAUAUAGGUGUAUUAAUGUGUAUUUCAGGUGUACUUUUGUGACUUACCAGAGUAGGUUUGGUUUUAGAUGUGGUAGUGAGUCUCAGUUGUAUAAUUGUCGUGUGAGAUGUGUUGGUGUACGUUUUCCGGUGUUCUGUAUGUUUCAGAUAUUUGUACAUUACAGUUGUUUGGUUGUUUGAUCUAGGCUUUUAGUCAUUUGCAUUCAAGUAUACAGUUGUGUAUCAGGUGUGUUUUGUUUUUUCCAUGUGUAUAAUUGUGUGUUGCAUUUCUAUGGUUGUGUUUUGGUUUCAUUGUUUGUAUAAGGUGCAGGUUGUGCAUUAAAUGUACAUUUUUAUGUUGUUUUUUUAAGGUUGUGAAGCUGCUGAAUAACAAGCGUUCUCAGGCUGUAGGGAUCCUGAUGUCGUCUCUGCAUUUGGACAUGAAGGACAUUCAGCACGGUGAGCUCACCUGAUUUACUGUCAAUGUGGAUGACCUAAAUCAUCCCCUAAAGUAAUCAGCUAAUCAUAGUGGCGUGUGAAAUAUUGAUCAUGAUUAUAACGUUAGAAUGAAGGGAUCACUUGUGACCCUUGACCUCUUUCUUUCUCUCUCUCUCUGUCCUGAAGCCAUCCUGAACUUGGACAACACUGUGGUGGACCUGGAGACGCUGCAGGCACUCUAUGAAAAUGUGAGCAACUUCAUACCUCAGCAGAGCCAAAUAUUUAGAGGUCUUUAGGGAGACUUCAGGGCACCCACAUAGUUUCUGAGAUCUUUCUCGCUGACAUCUAAAGGAGUCCUGUGUUUGGUUGUAGUGAACUCUGUUUCUUUGUGUGUGUCCUUAGAGAGCCCAGCAGGACGAACUGGACAAAAUUGAAAAGCACAUCAAGUCCUCCAAAGACAAGGAGAACGCCAAACCUCUAGACAAACCGGAGCAGUGAGUCUCUGUUAUACACACAUCAGGCUGAUUGUGUUGCAUUAUUAGAAAACAAUGAAAAGAUUAAGAGAGGGACUGAAAUGUGUGUUAACUCCUGUCCUGCAGAUUCCUCCUCCAGCUCUCCCUCAUCCCAAACUUCUCCGGACGAGUCUUCUGCAUCCUAUUCCAGUCCAGCUUCUCUGAGUGCAUGUCAUCUAUAAACAGGAAACUGGACACACUGCAGAAAGUAUGCAAGGUAAGUCCAGCUCUUAAUUAACACCAAAUAGAGACUUAAAGGUGAGACUUAAAUGUCAAACUUUGCCGAGAGCGUUCAAGAGCCCAUUAUUUUGAACAUCGCAGAAACUGAGGGAGGUCUAAGUGAUAAAUUAAAGAUGACUCUCUCUUUUUUUUGUUCUCUGCACAUUUAUCUACCUGUACAUCUACCUUUAGAAGCUUGUGCAAGCCUUCUCCUAGACUCACCUGCUAUGCUGCUGUUUGAAUUAGUUUCAUCGAGAGCGAGCUUGAGCGUGGCCCUAGUGCUGCCGUUUUUCCUAUUUUAAAUAUGAUGCUGGUCUUGGGACUGUCCAAAGUGGAGGGAGGCAAUGCUUGCCUCUGAAAAAGUGACGUGUCUUUUGUGUCCCCCUGUUACAUCCCAACUGCAGAGAGUGUGAAGAUGCUGCUGGGUGGAAUAGGCAGGAAGUAAAACAGAUUUCACUCUCUCUUUUGAAUCUUCAAACCUAGCCUUUGAGAUUACAAAUUCUAUAAGUGUUUUUCAUUAAAACACAUUUUUCUUCUGCCAAUAAGGAAUAUCACAGCCUGAUGGGGUCUCUAAUGAGAAAGCCCAUCAGCGGCCUUUUGUCUCUACAGGCAACGUCCAACUGUAAGCUUCCACACUUUAAAGUUUGAACAAAGCCCAAUCAGAUCUAUCUCAGGAUGAGAGGGAAAAUCCCCCCUGAGCUCUGAGACAUCCAGCUGCACAUCUGAGGAUGCUAAAAAGUCAAAAUCAGUCAAUCACUGAUCUGGGACUGAGUCUUGGACUGGGAACACUUAUUGCCAGCAGAGUGUCUAAGGAUGGAUGAAAAUGGAUAAACCUUACUGUAACAACAAUCAUGGUUCCAGCACAGGGCUCCAUGACAGAAUACAGAGCCUGAGUUUAGGGGAUGACAAAGUAAUCAGCUCGCUUCAGGGAGAAACACUGAAACACAACCAUGCUUGCCUCUGCAAACUACAAACUGCUUGAAGAGGAGAUCUGGAUUGAAUGUUGUCUCUUUUCUGUGUGUGUGUGUGUGUAUGUGUGAGUGCAGUCGCAACAGGAAAGUGAGAAAGUGAAGCAGAUUCUGGGUCUGGUUCUGGCUUUUGGAAACUUCAUGAAUGGUGGGAAUCGUACCCGCGGCCAAGCAGACGGCUUCAGCCUGGACAUCCUGCCCAAACUGAAGGACGUCAAGAGCAGCGUAAGACAAAACACAGAGACACUAAGAAUAAUACUGGAGACAAAGACAUUCAAAACAUUAGUUUCCUUAACACUGUUGGAAUGACACAUUAAAAGAGAGGUUCCUCUUGACCGUAUGUGAUAAUAAACGAUCAGAACAUGAUUUAUAAAGAGCAGCUUUACUUAAGCAUGUCAGUCGAAACAUUAAUAAUUCAACAUAAAGCUAUUAUUGUUGUGAGUGUCUCAGAGAAAGAUCUCAAACUCUCUUCUUCUGACUAUAAAUUCAACUCCUAAUGCUGCUGCAGAGACUGAGCAUAAGGACUCUCAGUCAGGGCGUGUGUCAAGGAUGAAAAACAGACGACCAGAUUUCCUCCAUGAUUUUAUUAUAUUUCAGUCCAUUUGAAAACAUGCAGUACAGUUUUAGUCAGAUACUGUUUUUUAAAAGCCUUGUUAUUGUUUUUAUUUGAGUAAAUAUAAGUGUUUUUGACAUUUCAGAUGUUAUUUCAUUUGUCUUGAUGAACUGUGAUAACCUUGGACCCCACAAACCAAAACUUAUUAUAACUUAUUAUAUUAUAUUAUAUUGUUUGUCUGUAUGAUAUAAAGGUUGAAAAGUUUUUACAUAAAAGUUAACAAAGUUAUCUUAACUUGAACUGCAACUUCAUAGUGAGUGGCAAUGAUAACUAACAUUAUAAGAUCUUAAUCAUGGUUGAUAUUAACUCUAAAAGAUAUCUUUUAUCUACAGUUACUGUUUGGUGUUACUGUAAUGGACCCAAACACAGACUCAUGUAUCAGGAGGAGUUAUUGUAGCUUGAUGUGAGCAGGAGAUGGACCGACAGACAGACCUCACAGAUCCUGUAUCUGCUCUGGAUCCUCAGAUCAUUUUAGACUCAGACUGAUGUGUGUGUUUCUUGUUCUUGUUUCUCCUCAUCAGGACGGAGUGAGGAGCCUGCUCUCCUAUAUUGUAUCGUAUUACCUCCGACACUUUGACCAGGUUAGUCUUUCCUUUAUCUUUAUUUUUUAUGUUGGUUUUUAAAUCAUUAAGAGCCUGUAAUUGAUUAAGGUAGUGCAAAGAAAACAUAUUAGAUUCAUUGAUGCACACAUCAAAACUGAUAAAUAGUAUUUUUUAUGAAAAAUGUCUGCUCAGCUUUGAUGUUCAAAAAACACCCAAACAGAGCCCUAUGAACUAUUUUAGAUUGCAACAGGUUAGUGAAAUGGCUAAUGACUCUCUCUUUCUCUUUCUGUGUGUGUGUUUGUCUGUGUGUAUGUAUGUGUGUGUGUUUGCAGGAUGCUGGCAGAGAAACAUGUGUGUUUCCUCUCCCAGAGCCUCAUGAUCUGUUUCAGGCGUCUCAGAUGAAGUUUGAAGAUUUUCAGAAAGAUUUGCUCAGACUGAGGAAAGACCUGAGAGGUAACACGCACACACACAGACACACAGACCAUUGAGGUUUCUGUUAUAAUGUCACUGAUGUUAUUCUUGAGAUUUCUGUCAGUGCUCUGAUUAACACAUUGACAUGAUUGUGUGUGUGUGUGUGUGUGUCAUCAGCAUGCAACUCAGAGGUGGAGAAGGUGUGUAAGGUGUCGGAUGAGGAAUACCUGCAGCCUUUUAAAGAGAAGAUGGAGGAUUUCCUCACACAAGGUGACUUAUGAACACACCAUGACUUACAUCAGACUCACCUGCUCACAGGUGCGAACACCUGAAACAGUCUUUGUUUUUCUUCAUCUGUGGACAUUUCUGUGUCUUUGAUGCAUUGGCGCCCCCUGCUGUCCAUCUGUAGUGAAGUAUGUUUGAGUCUCUCUGAGUUAAAACUUUGAUUUUAUUCACCAACAUCAUAAAGUUUAAAAACCAUUUUCACUAAAACUUGAAAGAUCUGCUCAUUAAGUUUAAUCUGUGAUUAUUCUUGAUGAUUAAUCACAAAACAUGAACUUCUUAUUUUUAACAUCUAUUUCUUUUUCUCUAUCAGCUAAAAGUGAGCUGGAGACUCUGGAGGCUGAUCUCAGCAGCACACACACACUGUAAGAUUCAAACAGCUGUCUAUACAUCCUAUCCUUCAUUAUUGAUAUUAUUAUAUAUUAUUAUUUCAUAUGAUCGAAUCACUGGUGAACUCUGAACAAUGUUAACAGUUAACUUCAUGCAUCAGCUGCAUUAUAGGCCAGUUAGACUGAGCCUUGUACAGAUCUGGAUAAUAAUAAGCAGAUAGAUUAUUACAGAUAUUGAUUAGAUAUUUAUGUGUUUUCAGAGAUUUUACGAAUUAACUGAUGUGUCAUUAAAUGUGUUAAUAACAAGCUGAUUUUUUUAGAGAUAUUCGUUUUCUGCUCUAUGCUCGCCAAUAGAAGCAGAAUGAAUCCUCUUCAAUCAUGUAAUACUCUUGUUAUAAUACGGUGUGUGUUAUUGUAUUUGUCCUCUCAGGUUUGUGGAGCUCUCGGUCUCGUUCUCGGUGAAGGCAAAAGCUGGAGAAAAAGAAGUUUCUCCGAACACGGUGUUCAGCGUGUGGCACGAGUUUUCCUCCGACUUUAAGGAUCAGUGGAAGAAAGAAAACAAAGUGAUUUUAAAGGAGAGGUGAGGAUUUAAAAAAAAACACUAUUAUCCAAAUAUUAUAUUAAUUAAUUGAGCGUUUAGAUCACACAUUACAUUCUCUGAUACAAACAGGCUGAAAUGAAAUAAUAAAACAUGUUUUAUAGUGUUUCAGUUUUGCAUAAGAUAUCAGAAAAUGUACAUUAACUCAACAUUAUUGUAACCCCUGUUGUGUAAAUAAAUGUGUGUUUUCAGGUUAAAAUCAGCAGAGGAGUCUUUCAGGCAGGCCAAGGAGAAAUCUUCGUACAGCGUCAAACCCAAACAUGCCUCUGGCAUUGUGAGUUCACCUUUGACCUUUACUUAUAUUAAUCAUCUGCAUGAAUGUUCAGUUAUUUUUUGAGCAUUUAUGAACUGAAGGAGAGAAGAUUUAGACUUGAGUUGCUCUAAAGGUCAGCAGAGCUCUGACAGUUUCCCUAAUCAUUUGUCCGCUCUUAUCUGAAAAAUCCAGUUUUUAUCCAAAGUAUUUAUUCAGAAGUCAUUUAUCUUUAUUCAAAGCAUUUUCCUGAUACUUUGAAUAAAGCCAGUCAUUAGCCAGUCAUGUCAGCCUUUAGGGUGGUGGAGCUGUGUCACUCAAAUACCUCAGAUCCUUUGGUGCUAGAUUUCUGGAGCCAUGGGCCUCCGACAACCAUCCUCAACAGGGACCUUGCAUCCAUGUUUAAUAUCACUCGGGCUCCCAAAAUAUGUUGUGCUUUGUUAUUACCCUACAUGGACUCUCCUUUAGGUCAACAAGAUGCAAGUGGAAUGUUUGGAAGCGUGGGCGACUAUAUAUACUUGAACAGUCUCAGACCAAUCUUUGUUACGCUUAGGUUACACUUGUUUUACACUUGUGGCAUGAUGAAGCUGUAACCCAGAUCUGCAACCAGUAAAGCCUGUCAAAAUGAUCAUUCAUGUAGACCAUCCAUUUUUUAGAGUGUGAACAUGGGCUAGGCAUCCUUACAAUUGAAUAAACCAGAUGUUAAACCUCUGUUUGUUUCCUCCCCAGAAAGCAAAGCUCGGCAUGAAGAUUUGA